ACCGAUCUCUUGAUCUACGAGUGUCCAAAUGUGAACAUCGCGCUUAGUCAAGAGGGUCAUAUAGAUGCGUGGCCCAUUUUAAAACAAAGCUCAAUUAUAAGCGCGCCGCGGCUAUUUAUUCCAGCCUAGUCUCAGAUCCCCGAGGGCUGCUGUCAACUAGCACCCGCAGGAAGCUCCAUUCCGGGUACGGAACCGAGUGACCGGUUUGAGACCUUCAGCUUGUUCAGGUCCAAACUGCAAGAGCCGAGGCAGAUCGCGGGGUGACGAGUGGAGGAACGAGUCUCCCAUUUGGUGUAAUGGGACGUACUGCGUGCUUGGUGGCUGUACUUCAAGCGCUGAAGGUGGCGGGGAUAGUAAUGUCUCUAUCUCAGGGACCCCCAUCUUCCCACGGUCCCCGAUCCCGCCUGACCAGGGCUGCACGCGAUGCGCUGGCUCUAAAGUGCGUCACAGACCGCACCGGCCGUGCUGCUCCACCGGCUUGGGUGAGGUUGGCGCCGGGCCAGCACGGGCUGGGCCAGCAGCGCCUGGGCCAUCACCCCGCCUAGAGACCCGGGCGUGGAAAGCGCUCAAGUUGCGCAGCACCGGGAUCGCAGCCGGGGACACUCUCCGCUAGGGGCUAGGCGCCCCAUUGGUCUCGGCAACUCUCCGGGGCACUAGGUGACACCCCCUCGGUUCCUUAGGCGCACGGAGCUCAAGAGAUUUCUUCAGGAUAAACUACGCGGCGGCCUCCCUGGGCUCUUUGCCCCGCCCCGGGUCUCCGCCCCCUCCCUUUGGCUAGGGAUCCUGGACCCGGCGGCGACCACUUAAGAAGCUCGAGCAGCCAGGACCGAGAGGCGGCUGGGGGCCGCGGAGCCGCUGGCCAUCGACUCUCACCGCCAUGUGACACGGUCCUCCGGCCUGCUAUCCCAGUGCCAGCAGCGCCCGCUCCCUGCCGCGCUGCGCAUCAUGCGCCCGCCGCCCGAGCCCCAACCCGCGCAGAAUCCCGGCCUCCGUAGGCAGGUAGAGCCUCCUGGGCAGCUCCUGCGUCUCUUCUACUGCACGGUCCUGGUGUGUUCCAAAGAGACCUCCGCACUCACCGAUUUCUCUGGUUACUUAACCAAACUCCUGCAAAACCACACCGCCUAUGCCUGUGAUGGGGACUAUUUGAACCUACAGUGCCCUCGGCACUCAACAAUAAGUGUCCAAUCGGCAUUUUAUGGGCAAGAUUACCAAAUGUGUAGCUCCCAGGAGCCCACCUCCCAGAGGGAAGACAACCUGACCUGUGUGGCCUCCACCACUUUGCAGAAGGUGCUGGAUGAAUGCCAGAACCAGCGGGCCUGCCACCUCUUGGUCAAUAGCCGCGUCUUUGGACCAGACCUUUGCCCAGGAAGCAGUAAAUACCUCCUGGUCUCCUUUAAAUGCCAGCCUAAUGAAUUAAAAAACAAGACCGUGUGUGAAGACCAGGAGCUGAAGUUGCACUGCCACGAGUCCAAGUUCCUCAAUAUCUACUCUGCCACCUACGGCCGGAGGACCCAGCAACGGGACAUCUGUUCCUCAGAAGCUGAGCUGCUGCCCCCCUUUGACUGCCUGUCUUACACGGCGUUACAAGUCCUGUCCAGGAGGUGCUAUGGGAAGCAGAGAUGCAAGGUCCUCGUCGAUAACUACCACUUCGGGAGCCCCUGUCUUCCAGGAGUGAAAAAAUACCUCACUGUCGCCUACGCCUGUGUUCCCAAGAACAUACUCACAGCGGUGGACCCAGCCGUUGCUAAUCUAAACCCUUCUCUGAAGAAAGAUGAUGAAUACGGUAUAAAAUUCGACCCAAGUGGAUCGAGGGUUGUGCGGAAAGAUGGUGUUAUUGUCAGCAACUCUCUGGCUGCGUUUGCUUACAUUCGAGCCCACCCCGAGAGAGCUGCCCUGCUGUUUGUGUCUAGUGUCUGCAUCGGCCUGGUCCUCACGCUGUGUGCCCUGGUCAUCAGAGUGUCCUGUGCCAAGGACUUCCAGGAGCUGGGACAGGGACGGGAGCAUCUGGUGCUAGCGAGUGACAAGGCCGAGGAAGACAGCGAGGAGGAAGCGGAAGAGGAGGAGUCCUCGGACUCCGAGUUUCCUGCGGAACUGUCCAGGUUUUGUAGGACUUCGUAUCCAGCCUACAGCUCCAUAGAGGCCGCUGAGCUGGCAGAAAGGAUUGAGCGCAGGGAGCAAAUCAUUCAAGAAAUAUGGCUGAACAGCGGCCUGGACUCCUCAAUCCCGAGGAACAUGGGCCACUUCUACUGAAAACCAGACACAUCUGGAUGAGAUCAUACUUCCUGAAGAGGGAAGGAUCCAGAAUGCCCUGUCUCCCCACCCCUCUUGUACCUUCUAUGAAGGAGAAUCUGUCAUGUCAUCCAAGACGGGUGAAGCAGGAAAGCUGCCAAAGGGACGUCUCUCUGUUUACAGCACCCCAGAAUAAAUGAGGAGGAAGAAGACUUGGUGUCUUGUACU